ACAAGAUCGCAAGAUCUUUUAAUACAUCACGUCAUGUAGCAUUGUGGCAUUUUCUCUCAAAGCAAGAUGAAGCAAGCCAUUGCGUCGUUGGUUGCAACAGCGCUGCUCGUGCAAGCUGGGACCGGUCCCCAGUGGGAAGAGCAAGAUUUCCGGGCGUUGUUAGCCAGCCAAGGCCAAACGGUAGCCAUCAACCAAUGUCCAGCGUGGGCUACACCCAUCAAAGACUUCCACAUUUCCGCAGCCACAGGGGUGUGCUUGAAUCCUGCAAACAACGUGUUCAACUUUGCAAGUGGCGUGGGGCUCAACGCGGUUCCGUUUCCGUACUCGUCGUAUCCGUACUCGCUCGACCACCCAUUGUUUACGUACGCCAAUGGCGCUGGCGUCGCGGCCUCCACCGUCUCUACCCUGCCUCGUAUUACUGUGCAAGUGCUCAAGAACGCCGACCCCACCGUAAACGUGCUGACCCCGGACACUGAAACCGCGUUUCAUUGGCAAGACUUUGACGAAAACCGCAACGCCCGUGUGUGGAGUCGUGUGGGUCCGUUGGUCGGAAACCCCGGGGUCUACAAAGUGGACUUGAACGCGCACGACUACUACGUUGAUAGCGGCGUGUGCGAGUUGUGCUUCACCGUGACUGACCACUACCGUCCCAAGUCGUCGUCGCUCUGCCCCGCUGCCCCCGCCGGGGGAUUGGUGCGAUCGGGAUGGACAGCUGCCAACGUUGCUGCGCUCGAUGCGUAUUUGGAUGGUGCCGGAGCCUUUUCUACCUCCCGUGGCAACAACGGCGACUGCAACACCGCCAUUCCAGUUGGCGCCCCUGCGUGUGCGGACACGACGGUCAAGACGCCCUCUGACUGGUUCAAUUGCGCCUUGGAUACGACCUUGCCGUCGUUCAUUACGUCGGACUUUGCCACGACGCCGCCUGGAGUUGGCACCCUUGGCUGCGUCCGCAACAUUCUGGCGACGAAUCCAUUUGCCACCGACUCGACGUUGCAAAGCCCCGGGGGAGACCUCAACACGGGAAAGUGCACGCGCACAGUCACGUUCGACUACCACUGGUACGAGUACUGGACCCAAUUCAGCUGCACGGCUGCCCCAGCCGGUCAAUGCACCAGUGGCACGGAUGCUUCGUAUGGCGGGGACGAGUCGGGCGUCACGUCUGCCAGUGCCUACCAAUGUGCUAACACGGUGACGCUGUCGGCUACGGCCAACAACUUGGUCACCACCGCGUCGCUCACGUCGAAUGCGGCGGCUCUUCAAUCUAACUCGCAGUUUAUUUCGGAUCCCCGCGGCGUGUUCUUCGAAGAUAGUUACACCAAGCUCAGCGACGGUUCAAACAACCAAGUGCACUUCUGGUCGCCGUUGGUGGCCGGCCAGGAUGCCGACUUGGACGUCCGCAACCCCGUCACAGUGCCCAUUCAAAGCGUGUUUUCCACCUCUGCCACUGGAAGCGCCCUUCCCGGGCUAACCCUGCCCGCCGUGUCGUCGCGGGUGUUUUGGCGGUGGACCACCAACAACCCCGUCACAGCUUCUGGCUGGAACGACUACUCUGCCAACGGCAACUUGGUCUUGACCGAUCUCUUGACUACGGUCACGUUUGAAUCGUGGACGUAUUGCGGCCAAAAGGGCAGCUCGAUCUCGUGGAAUGUGUACAACCAUCGCCAUCAAUCGAUCCAAAACGUCGACGAAUGGUUCCAGCCCCAGUGGUCAUACGUGUCCAAGCCCCGCUGUAACGUCCCCCACAGCGACUUUGGUGUGGUGCAGUUUGCCUUUGACUUGGACGACCUCAAUGCGCGCAUCGUGGACCUGGGUCCGAACGGCGAGGGGGAUAACCCGAACGGCAUCCACGGUGCCCCACUGGACGAUGAUGUCCUCCUCGAGGACACAACCCAUGUAGACUGGAGGUUCAGCGGGGCCACGUGUGCGUGGAAGUACGGGAAUCCGUCCUCGCUUACAGACUUUACAGUGUCCGACUAUGCGUGGGCGAUCGACGCCAGUGACUUUGUGAGCGCGGGGAAUCCCCCUAACUUUGUCCCCCAGACCUUUCAGUUUGCCCCCAAGUUGAUCAACGCGGGGGUGACCACGGUGACCGUGUAUUGCGAUUUUGCCUUUACCGACACGCUGAAUAGCGACGUCGUGACGGUGUACCAAGGCGCAUUCGGCACGCCCCUCGCAUUGCUGUCCAAGACUUAUCCCGUCGGGUCGUACAACUUGCCCAACUGGCUUCGAGGUCCGAUUUUGGGCGUGUCGUCGUUGCGCAUUGAAAACGGAUACAGCGUCACGUUGUUCAAGGAGUUCAACAACCAAGGCGCGUCCAUCACGUACACGACCGACGUUCCCUAUGCCAGAAUCAUCUCGGACAACUGGAACAACGAAGCCAAGAGUUUGCGCAUCGAUGCCUUGCCAGGCACGGUGGGGUACACCGUCCCUAACACGGUCCAUAUUUCUACGGACAAGACGUUUGUGUUUGAAAACUGCGACGUGCCGACGAUCCUCGACCCGUCCUACCCCGUCGACAACACGUGUGUGGCUGGCUGCAGUGCUGCGUCGUGGAACGUUGCGGCGGCCCAACGCUUGGCGGCCCCCUUCCAGGCCAGUGGGGGCAACUUGAUCUUCCCCGCCGGGCAAUGGGACGACGUAACGGCGGUAGCCACUGUGUUUCAAACCGACACUAGCUUUGGGUGCUGCACUUCGUGCAACGGCCCUGCUGGCUUUGGCGCAGGAAUCACGGCCGUGUCGGCGCCGUGGACGGCGGGCUCGCCCAUCUCUCGCUGCCAGCCGUCCAAUUAUGCCGUACCCAACCCCGCCCCCACGCAAGUGGACCCCACUGUGGUCGCCGACCCAGAUGCGGUACCUACUGUCGUGAUGAUGUUCGCGGAAUCGAUGGGAGGAGCUUUGACUUCCACAAGUGCGUUGGGGGUGUUGGCAGUGUUUGCGGUGGUGGCGGUUGUCGCUGGGCUGGCGUUUCAACAAUCCAAGUUGCGUCAAUUCGUUGUCAUGGAUGAUGCGUACACAUCGCUCACGGAUGCGUCGCUCUAAACGAUGCGCAAAAGAAUGUGUUUUGAAUGGAACUGAAUUCGAGUCUUUAAUAGUUUGCGUACGUACAACUGACGUACUAGUACGCCCCAUUGCAAUUAGACUUGUGUUUCUAGGCUACCACGUCCACAACAGACGAGCUCG